UAUAUGUGUUUUUUGACAUUCUAAUGUGAUUCAGAUACAGAUAUGACGAUGAUGCCACCUUCAUACGAGCGCAACUCAAAGGAAUUCAAUAUGUACUCAAAUAAAUAAAAAUAAUCAUAUAAAUAUUUUUUUAAAAAAAAAACUUUUAUCUUAUCUUAUUUUUACCCAAUUAGUUUUAAGAAAGUUUUGUGUUUAAACCAUGGAGGUUAAACAAGAAAUAAAUAUAGCAAGACCACCACAAUCACUUUCAGAAACACAAAUAAAUUUCAAUUUUCAACACAUGCAAACUACACAACCCGUUUCUAAUUUUAAUAAGAUAGACAGACACUAUACACCACAGCUAAAAUUUACCAACUUUGCAGCCCAACCAUCCAUUGUAACAAAAUAUGUCACCUCCAAAUUUUUAAGACACGAGAUUUCUUACUUCACUCGCGAUGAAGCAAAAAAAGAUUUGGCUGGUAAACAAAAGGAAAGUGAAGAGGAAGACGUUUAUGAAGACGAAGAGGAAGAGGAAACAACUAGCGAAGAAGAACUCGAGUCAAAUGUCGAAGGAUCGAAAGUAUUGGUGAUACAUCCAGGAUCAAGGUAUCUAAGGAUCGGUCGCGCUUCUGAAGCAUUUCCUAGCGUUGUACCACAUUUAAUUGCACGGAGAAUGAGAAAUAAAAAGGAAGAUGAAGCACGGCAAGAUGAGAGUAAAAAAGAGAUUAAGGUCGAGCGAGAAACUGAAGAUAUUUAUCCUGUUAAUAACAAUGAAAUCAAAAAGGAAAAUGAAAGUGAAGAAAUUAAAGAAAUGAGGCUAGACGAAGAGGAUGCUAAAGAAGCUGAAACUUGUUCAAAUUCGGCGGGCUCUUCAAUCGUGACUGAAGAGGAAGACGAAGAUGAGGAAUAUUUUAAACAUGCUGUUGGUGAAAUAAAAAAAGAAUUAAAAGAAAGGAUGAAGGCUUCGAAACGAAGGCCUGUUGCUAAUGCACAAUCACAAGUUCAUUCGUUUAAUAAAUCUGCCCAUCCAGAGACGAUCGCGGAUCAUAACGACCCUUAUAGAAUCGAUUGGACUGUAGUAGAUGAUGAUGCUGAGUAUUAUGUAGGAGAAAAGGCACUUCGACUUCCUGAUUCAGAUUCAGCAGAUUCUUUUAAAUUGUUUUAUCCGAUACAGCACGGUGAAUUUAAUACCAGUGAUUAUGAUUCCAUUAAAGCUAUAAUCGGAGAUCUAGAAACAAUUUGGACCGAGUCGAUUCGAGAAAAACUUGGAAUUUCUCGGAAAAAUUUCAGGAAUUAUUCCGUAAUUCUUGUAAUUCCUGAUGUGUAUAAUCGACUAUAUGUGUUGGAAAUGAUCACAAUGUUACUACGAUACAUGGAAUUCCGUCGCGUUUUUAUAGCGCAGGAAUCAGUAUGUGUCAGUUUUGGAGCCGGCAUGUCGGUAGCAUGCAUUGUUGAUAUUGGAGCUCAAACUUCCACUGUUACGUGUGUUGAAGAUGGGAUGUGUAUUCCUGACUCUAGGGUAUAUCUUCAUUAUGGAGGCGAUGAUAUCACGUAUUUCUUCAUUAAACUCUUAAGAAGAAGCAAGUUCCCAUAUUCUGAAAUGGAUUUAACUCGUGUAUAUGAUUGGUUGUUGGCUGAAGAAAUGAAAGAGAAAUUUUGUACUUUGGAUGAAGCCAAUCUCACAAUUCAAUUAAACGAGUUUUACGUGAGAGCACCUAAUAAACCCACAUUGAAGUAUCAAAUUAAGACGUAUGAUGAUGCGAUUAUCGCGCCAAUGCUGCUAUUUUACCCUCACAUAAUCAAUUUUAACAAGAAACGAGCCGAAUUUCCCCAAAAAUUUACAUCUUACACGAUUGACGAUAUUACAGAAGGAGCUAUUACAAAUAACGGAGUUCAACCAGGAUUGGUUAUGCAAAAACCAAAACUUUCUGUCGCAACACAAGCAGCAACGCAAAUUCGAACUUCUUUUCCUUCCCCAUCACCUCAACCACGAGAUAGUCCAGGAUCAACUACACCUCUUAGAAUAGAUAACAACACAGUCCCUGCACCUUCGCCUAUACCUGCAUCUGUGUUGCCUACAACCCAGCCCGCAUCUCCAUCAAUAUCAUCAAAUACAGUUGCACGUACUCAAAAUGCUCCUCUUGUAGAUUCUCUGUCUACACUACCACUUGAUGAUGCCAUAAUCCAGAGCAUUAAUACUGCGGCAACUGAAGAAAGAGCUAAAAAAUUUUAUUCAAGUAUACUUGUGGUUGGCGGAGGUGGACUUAUUCCAGGAGUGAAUAAAAUGUUGGAAGAAAGAUUGUCAUCCCGACAAAUACAAAAUGCGGAUAAACUUGAAGUCCUAACAUCAUCUAGAGAUUUAGAUCCAAGGUUAUUAGUAUGGAAAGGUGGAUCUGUAAUGAGCAAAUUGGAGAUUUUAAAUGAAUCAUGGAUUAAUUCGAGAGAAUGGGAAGAGUUGGGAGUUAGAUGCUUAAGAGAAAAAGCAUUUUUUAUUUGGUAAAUCUAUUUUUGUAAUUAUUUAUAGAAACUUUGAAUUGCUUUUUUAUUUUUUAUUUUUUUUUUUUUAAAAAAAAAAAUAUAAUAUAAAU